CCCCCGGGCAAGAACCCGGAAGUUGAGUUUGGCGAGAAUUACAAACAUUCUGGGGUAAAUUCGAGGAGGGCGGCAGAAACACCACCUUGUAAAAGGAUCAAAUCCAAAUUCUCUGUUCUGAAGUUUCUAGAAAGAGUGAAGAAGAGACACAGAAAGACCCCAGCCCGCAGCGUGCCUUGGGUUUCCGCCAGGGCAUUUGGCUUCUGUUCACAUUGCAGCUUUGUUCCAAACACUGAUGAGGGCUGAAUUCAAAAGGCAUGAGCAAGGAUGAGCCGACCACCCUCCUCGCAGAAUCUGAUCUGUGGAGCAUGGGAGAUGAAGGAACGCUUAGGCACAGGAGGUUUUGGGAAUGUCAACCGAUGGACUAACAAGGAUACUGGGGAGCAGAUCGCCAUCAAGCAAUGUCGACAAGAGCUGAGCCCGAGGAACCGAGAGCGUUGGUGCCUAGAGAUUCAGAUCAUGAAGAGGUUGAAUCAUGUCAACGUGGUGGCAGCACGAGAUGUUCCCGAGGGAAUGCAGAAACUUGCCCUCAAUGACUUGCCCUUGUUGGGAAUGGAAUAUUGUGAGGGAGGAGAUCUUCGCAAGGUCCUGAAUAAAUUUGACAAUUGUUGUGGGAUGCGUGAGAGUCCGGUGCUAACCCUUCUCACAGACAUUGCUUCUGCUCUCAGGUACUUGCAUGAAAACAGAAUCAUUCAUCGUGAUCUGAAGCCAGAGAAUAUCGUCCUACAGCAAGGAGAACAGCGGCUGAUCCACAAAAUCAUUGACCUGGGCUAUGCCAAGGAGCUGGAUCAGAGCAGUCUGUGCACCUCUUUCGUUGGAACCUUACAAUAUCUGGCUCCAGAACUCCUGGAACAGAAGAAGUACACAGUGACAGUGGAUUAUUGGAGCUUGGGAACACUUGCCUUCGAAUGCAUCACAGGAUUCCGACCAUUUCUACCCAACUGGCAGCCUGUAGCCUGGCACAGUAAAGUAAAGCACAAAGGUGAUUGCGACAUUAUGGUGUUUGAAGACAUGAAUAUGGAGGUAAAAUUUUCCAGCCAGCUUCCUCAACCCAAUAACCUCAACAGUGAAUUAGCAGGUCCAUUGGAGAGGUGGUUGCAGUUAAUGCUGCGAUGGAAUUCCAAGGAGAGAGGCACAGACCCUGUUCAUGGACCAAACGGCUGUUUCAAGGCGCUAGAUGAUAUUCUUAAUAGAAAGUAUGUGCAGAUUCUAGAUAUGAAGUCAGGAUUGCUUCACUCAUAUCCUGUCUCCCUGGAGGCUAGCGUUCAGGCUCUGCAGCAGUGGAUCAAGGCCAUGACUGGCAUUGAAGAAUUUGAUCAGGAGCUUCUGCUGGAAACAGGAACUGCCUUGGACCCUCGCAAGCCUGUCAGUCAGUGUGCACCAGACUGCAGGCAGAAUGAAGGGAAGAAAUCGGAGCUGGCCAUCAUCUAUCUCUUUGACAGAAGUACAAGUAACUAUGAUGGACAGGUCACUGUUCCGAAGCAUCCAGAUGCUGUGAAUUUCAUACUCCAGAACCCAAAGCAGAUGCUGCCCUAUCACCAGUUGCGGAGGUCCUGGGGUCAGAGCUGGCAUGUGAUCCGUAGUCUAAAGGAGAACUGCAUCAGACUGCAGCAAGGUCAGCGGGCAGCCAUGAUGAGUUUACUGCGCUACAACAGCAAUCUGUCCAAACUUAAGACAACCAUGCUGUCCAGGUGCCAGCAGCUGAAAGCCAAGCUGGAUUUCUUCCGAGUCAGUAUCCAGAUUGACCUAGAGAAAUACAGUGAGCAGAUGGAAUUCGGGAUCACCUCAGAGAAAAUGAUCACUGCCUGGAAAGAAAUGCAAUUGAAAGCAGAAGGUUGCAGAAGAAUGGAUGAUGUGACAACUCUGGAUGAGUUAUCCAUGGCACUUCAAACCGAUCUGGUUGAUCUGCAGAGGAGCCCAUUAGCACGACAACGAGGAGAGGCUCUGGAAGCUCUGGAGGAUGCUGCGAUGGAAUUUUACCGUAAACUCCGGGAGAGGCCAAGAGACCAGCGGUCCAAUGGGGACAGCCAGGAAAUGGUACGAAUCCUUUUACAAACCCUGCAGAGUCUCGAUAAGAAGGUGAAAGACAUCUACUCGCAUCUCAGUAAAACUCUGGCCUGUAAACAGAAAGUAAUUGAUCUGCUACCCCGGCUGGACGAGGUACUGCAGCAAAUGGCAGACGAUGAGAAGCAGGUGAUGAAACUACAGGAGAAGCGGCAGAAGGAACUCUGGCACCUCCUGAAGAUUGCAUGUAGUAAGGUGCGAGGUCCAGUCAGUGGAAGUCCUGAGAAUCUCAGUACCAGCCGUCUGUCUGCGCCCAACCAGUCCAUCUCUCCUCCUUCUCUCAGUGUGCUGCCCUCCGAGAAAUCCAGAAAUUUAGAGGAAUCGCUUGUUGUAAUUGAAGAAAGUCAGAACUUCCGCAAUCAGCUUCUGAGUGCAAUGCAAGAAACAACUCAGGAUCAUGAGAAUUCUUUGCAGUCAUUGGAUUGGAGUUGGCUUUCCAGCUGAUAAGGAAUUGGGCACUGGAUUUAAUAGUUCCUCAUCAAUUAGCUGUGAUUAUAAUAUUACAUGAACGUGGGACUUAACCUCUAUUAGAUGAAGCAGAGGGAAGUCCGAAUGUAAUUUGCACUAAUCUUGGUUUGGGAAGAGGAAGAAGUUCAGACUUCGAUCCGUCAAAACUUGGUCAUCACUGCCUCCUGCCACUCAUUUCUUCGUGAUCAACUUCCUCUCCUGCCUCUAUGCAGUUGGUUGAAACUCUUCAGCACCCAGGAACUUCCCAGUUUGCCAUCUCAGUGAGGGUUGAAGAGAUGUACAUGAGUCAAAUCUUGCUGCACUGUAAAAUGCUGAACCAGCCCCUGUGGAGUCCUGCAUCUCAUGACAAGCAAUGGGCUUUGGCAUGGGUUGUGAUUGUAAUGGUUCUUGCUACACUGGACCUAGGUUUCUAGUAGGAGAGAAAAAUGUGAUUCAAAUUCAUUUCUCACUGCUUUGUUUGAGCUGGUUUCUACCACCUCAACUGCAGGCUAUUUGUUGUAGUAAAGUCACAGCACGAGCUCCUUUUAAAAUAAAUUAAAAUGUAUUGCCUUCA